AGUAGUUUCUACCCGGUCGUAUUUUGACGUCGCGCCUCGACGUAGUUACCACUUCCUUCCCACGAUAGAAACAGCGCGGGGAAAUUUGACAAUCACCGGAUACAGAGGAAAAAAAAAACAUUUUACACUUCAUUAAAAAGGGAAUUUUCUGACAGUUUGUCUCGUCAGUUAAAAAGGGUUUAUUCGUCAAAACACCAUCGAGUUAGCUUGCCGUCUGUGCUAAAAAUGAGAACUUUAGAGGAGGUGCAGGCCACGCUGCAGAUCGCCAAACUGAAAGAAGAGGAUCUAAAGAAAACAAUCCACUGUCUGACUUUUGGGGAAAAUGUUGCGUCUGCAGACUACUGCCUGAUGGAGCUGGACGACACACUGUGCAAACACAUAGAAGCUGGCCAAACUCUAGUGAUUCGGGGGGAUAAAGAUGAGCAUGCAGUGCUCUGUAGUGGUGACAAGACCUAUGAUCUUAAAAUAGCUGACACCUCCAACCUGCUGCUGUUUGUACCAGGAUGCAGAACGCCAGACCAACUCACUAACAGCCCAGACAGCUCUCAAGUGGUGCACGCACAGAUCUGGGGAUUUUGCAACAGCUACUGGGAACUGAGGAAACAGCGUCCUAAACUGAGGAAACUGUCAAAGCUUUUAAAGGAGAAUCCUUAUGAAGGACCUGUUUUAGGAGCACAGGCAGAGAACACAGAGAACAGGUACACAAUGCAGGAUCUGUUGGAGAGGAUCCAGGCCAGUGAAGAGGAGAUAAAGACCCACUUAGAGACCAUCCAUGCCUGUCAAAUAGAUGGCUACUGGCGCAUGCUGGACUUUGACUAUGAGAUGAAGCUGCUCGGUCAUGUGACUCAGCUGGUGGAUUCUGAGUCGUGGUCCUUCAACAAGGUUCCCCUUCAAAUCAGUCUGGAAGAGUUAGCCCCGCUGGAGCCCAAAGGGAUGAUCGAGCACUGUUUGAACUGCUAUGGGAAACCUUAUACUGAAAACGACGAAGUGUUUUACGCAUUGCAUGAGGAUAAAGUCUGUAGAGGCGUAGCACUAAUGCUGCUGCAGAACGCUGUCAAGUUCAACCUAAGGGAGUUUCAGGAGGUCUGGCAGCAGAGCGUCCCGGAGGGCAUGAGCACAAGACUGGACCAGCUAAAGAGCGUUGCCCUGGUGGACCGCAUGUCCCGUCCAGAGACUAUCUGCCUGCUGCGAGUGGAGGAACUCCCAGAGGACACGCUGGAGCGCUUCAACCACCUCUUCACACUCAGAGAGAAAUGGACAGAAGAGGACAUCACGCCAUACAUACAAGACCUGUGUGGAGAGAAACAGACCACCGGAGCCCUCCUGACCAAAUAUGCUCGAUCUUCAAUGCAAAACGGGAUCAAGGUCUUCAAUUCAAGAAGGCCUGUGGCUAGAUGAACAUGUCUACUGUCAAGCAGUGAAUUUAAAUUUGGAAAUGAAUGUGGUUAUGUUUAUUCCCAGUCUGACUUUUGCAAUUGUCAAAAUUCUUUUACUCAUGAUUGUCCUUAAAAAUGCCGAUAGCAUUGUAGAUAUUUAUCAAUCAAUUAUAUUAAAGAGUUAUUACAAUUAACCACUUAAAAUUCAAGUGUUAAAGUAUCUGUCACCACAACCAAA